AUGUCCAUGCCGCCCGUAGCGCUCAGGUACUCUGCCCAGAGCCUCUUCGACUACAUGAAGACAAUCCAGAGCGACUCCAGCGCGAUGGAGGGUUUUUGUGAGACGCUGCUGAAGGUCUUUGAGGACAACCUGCGCAACGACCGGGUGUCUGUACCUCUCCUGACAAUGCUGGACCAAAUGCUGGCAAACGGCUGUUUUGACAUCUUCACCGUGCAAGAGAACCAUCCCUUCCCAGUGAAGUUACUCACCCUUUGUAAAGAAGAGAUCAAAAGAUCCAAAGACAUCCGGAAGCUUCGCUCCAGCACAGGAGUGUUUUGUGGCCUGAUUCAGUUCCAAGGAGACAUGAGAGAGAAAGUUUUAUUUCAGUUGUUUCUCCUUCUUUGCCACCCAUUUCCCACAAUACGGAAAACGACCGCCAGUCAAGUUUACGAAAUGCUGAUAACCUACAGCGACGUGGUCGACCCGGCCGUUAUGGAUGAGGUCCUGACCAUACUCAGCGACACCAACUGGGAGGCGGAGCUGCCGGCAGUGAGAGAGAAACGCAACUGUCUCUGUGAUCUGAUGAGGGUGCCCAGACCGCAGCUGGUGUCCAAG